CUGUGGCUGCAGCGCUUCCCAGUCCUGCGAGCGGCUGUGAGCGCACACGGCGGGCUGGCCCCGCUCGCUCGGGCGAGUGAUUCCCCGCUCCCGGACUUGGUUCGGCUCCGCGGGCCCCGCAGCCCCCGGGCGGGAUCGGGCAGGGCCGGGCGGGCUCCCCCGGCAGAGCCGAUGUCCGCCGCGCCCGUCCGGUCCCCGACGCUGCGGCCGCACAGGAUGAAGAAAGAGGAGUCGUUCCUGGGCAAGCUCGGCGGGACCCUGGCCAGGAAGAAGAAAGCCAAGGAGGUGAGUGACCUCCAAGAAGAAGGUAAAAAUGCCAUCAAUGCGCCGAUGAACCCAAGCACCGUGGACAUCCAUCCAGAAGACACACUAUUAGAGGAGAAUGAGGAACGCACUAUGAUCGAUCCUAACUCAAAAGAAGACCCCAAGUUCAAGGAACUGAUCAAGGUUCUAAUUGACUGGAUUAAUGAUGUGCUGGUGGAGGAGAGAAUCAUUGUCAAACAACUUGAAGAGGACCUUUAUGAUGGGCAGGUGCUGCAAAAGUUGCUGGAAAAAUUGGCUGAUCGUAAACUGAAUGUGGCAGAGGUGACACAAUCUGAAAUUGGUCAGAAGCAGAAGUUGCAGACGGUCUUGGAAGCUGUCCAUGAUCUACUUCGACCCCAUGGCUGGACAAUCAAGUGGAAUGUUGACUCCAUCCAUGGCAAGAAUCUGAUUUCCAUUCUUCACCUUCUGGUGGCUUUGGCAAUGCAUUUCCGAGCUCCCAUCCGGCUGCCUGAGCAUGUGUCAGUGCAAGUGGUGGUUGUACGGAAACGUGAAGGCCUCCUUCAGACCACUCACAUUUCGGAGGAGCUGACGACCACGACAGAGAUGAUGAUGGGAAGAUUUGAGCGCGAUGCCUUUGACACGCUUUUUGAUCACGCGCCAGACAAACUCAGCGUAGUCAAAAAGUCUCUGAUCACCUUUGUGAACAAACACUUGAAUAAACUGAAUUUGGAAGUAACAGAGUUGGAAACCCAGUUUGCAGAUGGUGUUUACUUGGUUUUGCUCAUGGGUCUCCUUGAAGACUAUUUUGUUCCACUUCACAACUUCUACUUAACACCUGAAAGUUUUGAUCAAAAGGUGCAUAAUGUUUCUUUUGCUUUUGAGCUGAUGCAAGAUGGAGGCCUGAAGAAGCCAAAAGCUCGCCCUGAAGAUGUUGUCAACUUGGACCUGAAGUCUACCCUCAGGGUUCUGUACAACCUUUUCACGAAGUACAAGAACGUUGAGUGAUGCUGGAAGCUGCUGAGGUCUCUUCAUCCUUCAACCUCCUCAGACAGAAGUUACAAUAAACACGCCCUCUGCAUGCUCCCAUUGUGCCUUAUGCUAUGUACUUCAUGCAUUCUUCCUACAGUUGAUGUGUUCUCUCUGUAGCUGUUUGUAAGACAAUCCCACUAAAAAUGAUGCAUGUGUAUUCUCUAGGUCACUUGAAAACGUGUAGGUAUUUCACACUUUUACCAGAUGGAUCAGUUGUUUGCUAUAAUCCACAAAUGUUCUUUUGAGGAAGGAAAUACACCACUAACUACUUUAUAAGCAGGGAAAACAUGAGACCUUCCCUUUGUGUCUCGAGCCUCUUUGCUUCUGCAGAAGACUUUCUUUUGCAUACUCCUUGGUUGCAACUGGCAUUUAAUGGUUUUCCAGCCUUAAGUGUUAACAAUAGAAAAUCAGCAUUGGAAUUUGUUUAGAAGCUGAGCCUUUUCUAUUAAAUAAGAUUUUGUGUGGUCUGUUGGGUGGGUUGGGCUGAGGGGAAUUACAGGCUCUGUCUGAAGCUAAUGGCAAAAGCUUCAGUUUUUGUGUUCACCUCAUUCUGCUCAGUGUUACUUCCAUUCAGUGUUUACACAGAGUAAGUCUUGCAAUGGGAUGACCAACUAAUCUUUUGAUGUCUAGUUUUUAUUUAAUUUCUUAUCUAGAAGAAAUUUGGUUGCUAGGGCCACUGUCACCCGUUAAGCAGGCAGCUUCAGUCAGGUUGGUCAGGAGCUGAUCACAUAGGCACAGGUUGGAUUAGUGCAUUUCCCCCAGUCCUUCUGAAACUAAUGGGGGAAUGAUGAGUUUGGUCUCAUGUGUGGAACUGCUCCUCUGCUGAUGUGGGUGGUGCAGCGCUGUGUGCUGGGGGCUGUGCUGGAACAGGAGCCAUCUGAGUGGAUUUUUGAGGAGAGCUUUGUGGAGGAAAUGGGAUUGGCAUUUCCGGAGUAAAUGAUUUGUGGAAUAUGCGUUCAAUAUCACACUUUUCCUUCGAGCACAGAGAGGAGAGAUUUGAUUGCUGCUUUUAUGUUCACAGCAGCAACUUCUGUUUUAUGGGCAGCCAUUCCUUUGGGUGAAACACUAAGCAGAGUGCCCUGAAGGAGAGCAGGUAGAAUUGCUCUGCUCCAUGGGCUCCCUUGAGUCCUGUUGUAAGUCAGCAUCUUCUUUCCCUAAAAAUAGAUUUCUUACACCAAACAUUAUUUGCCUUUGAGUGCAGGUUCAAGAGGAAACAUGCUAUUUGAAUGGUAUAAUUUUACAAAUGGGAUGUUUCUCCUUCCCUUCUCAAACAUUUGUUUCAUCUCAAAGGGAGAGAAAUGAGCUUCUGCUUAUUUGGUUUGUAUUUUUGGAUUCUGAGUUCCAGUAUUUGGAUUACUUGGGUCACCUCCCCUCACACCUCUAAAAAAUAGAUGGAAGGAAGUUGCCUUUUCUUUGCAUGAAAAAUUCAGAUCUCCUCUGCUCUGCAAGGCUCUCUGGGGAAUCUUUGCUUGCCUGUACUUUAGGAAGGAGCUAGCCUCUCAGUGUUUAUACUGAACCUGGAACAAGUGGAUGUGAAGUUCAGAUGAGGCCACUGAACUCCACCACAGCACCAAUAGAAGAGACUUGCACAGAUGCUAAAGCCUGGUGGGACAGCUCUCCUGGCAGGUGAAUGAAACUGGUCUAACUUUUGUGCUGAGAAAUAAAGGUAUCAUGAAACUGGAAGGUCAUUGAACUGAAAGGUCUCUCAAACUUUUAGUUUAAUGCAGGGUUAUUUGCAGGAAGCAAGUCUGUUAAAGAGUUGUCAUUCACCCCCCUCCCUUCAGGUGACGAGGAAGUGCCAGCUCUCUUUAUAUUCCCUGAGUGGCUGGGAAAGACCUCCUGAGAGUCUAGUUUUUGAAAUUGCAAGCAGUAUUAAUAUCAAAAUCAAUCAGAAGAUAAAACGAAGAGAUUGGUGAGGGUGAUUUGGCCUUGGAAGGGGGAAUGGCUGUUUCUGAGCUGGGAUCCAACAGCUGGCAUCUUCAGGGCACAUGAGCAGGUUAUAAAAGAGUGUCUCUAUUGUUGAAUUAUGUGUUUCUGGUCCCCUUGCUACAACCAUGGGUCUCCUUUAGCAUUCCUUCUGUUAAUAUCCCUGUCAGGGGGGGCUGCUGCCUGGGUCAGACUGGGGGUGGGUGUCACAGCCUGUUCUGUUGUGGUCUUGUUUGGUGGUAGAUGUUGCACAGGGAAAAUACUUUUUUCAUUCCUUGGCUCCUGGCUGUCUAGCCAGCUCACUGUUCUGUAGACACUGUCUUUAUUGUUAAUCAGAGUUGUGAGCAGGGCAGAUUGAACUGAAGUGUAGCUUCAUCCCAAUCAGCCCAGUUUCCAGGAGGAGCCAUGUAGGUAAAGCUUCUCUGAAUGCCUGCUUUUGUCAUGCCUUUCGGUGACACAUGCACCGUAAUUCUUUGCCUCUCAGAAAGCUGAGUCAGUGUUAAAAAUGUUAUUCACGAUGUCUUUGUGUUACUGGGGUUUUAUGUAUGGGUACCAGUCUGAAUCCUGUUGAAGUUCAUCUGGAAUGCUGAAGGCUGUGCAGCUUUAAAGCUCCUGCAUUUGUAAGUGCUUAAUGAAUGUCUGUCUUUUCCAGUCCAUACAACUUGACUUUUAGAUGCAUCAGAAGAAACUCAGAUAGUCCUCAGCUGCAUUCUCUUUUUCAAGAUGAAAAACCGACAGUGGCAGAUUUUUUAAAAUAAUUUUAAAACGUUUAGGAUUUCUUACCCCUCUUCCCCAUGCCCCCAGUGCUUUCAGUAUCAAUGUAUUUUUUAAGUCUUUUCUACUGUUUUUAACAGUGUUUACUCUGGAUUUCUAACUACUAAAAACCAGCCUUGCAGAUAAAAUUCUGGACUUGUCAUAUGUUGGAGACAUCCAUCUUAGUGAUAAGAGUUGUGUACUGUAAGCAAGUUACAAUGCAAUGCUAUGUUUGCUAAAAUUCACAGCAGGAGUGUUUAUGCAUGGGUUUUGACAGUUGUACUAUUUAUUCAAAUAAACAAAUAAUGACCACUA